UAAGUAAUCUUACGGGGCUUUGUUAUUUUAGCCUUGAAGGCUGCUUGAAGCUUAAAAGUUUGCCAUGCAGUAUCUGUCAACUCAAGUUUCUGAAAGAUUUUAAACUUGCUGGCUGCUCAAAUCUUGAGAAGUUUCCAGAGAUUUCAGAAGUUAUGGGAGAACUCCAAUUGCUUUGUUUGGAUGGUACUGCAAUUGAAGAACUACCAUCGUCGAUAAGUAAUCUUACGGGGCUUUGUGAUUUUAGCCUUAAAGGCUGCUUGAAGCUUAAAAGUUUGCCUUGCAGUAUCUGUCAACUCAAGUCUCUGGAAGAUUUUAAUCUUGCUGGCUGCUCAAAUCUUGAGAAGUUUCCAGAAAUUUCAGAAGUUAUGGGAGAACUCAAAUGGCUUUAUUUGGAUGAUACUGCAAUUGAAGAACUACCAUCGUCGAUAAGUAAUCUUACGAGGCUUUGUGAUUUGAGCCUUGGAGGUUGCUUGAAGCUUAAAAGUCUGCCACUGAUCUAUCAACUCAAGUCCCUGGAAGAUUUUAAUCUUGCUGGGAGUUCAAAUCUUGAGAAGUUUCCAGAAAUUUCAGAAGUUAUGGGAGAACUCAAAUGGCUUUAUUUGGAUGAUACUGCAAUUGAAGAACUACCAUCGUCGAUAAGUAAUCUUACGAGGCUUUGUGAUUUGAGCCUUGGAGGCUGCUUGAAGCUUAAAAGUCUGCCACUGAUCUAUCAACUCAAGUCCCUGGAAGAUUUUAAUCUUGCUGGGAGUUCAAAUCUUGAGAAGUUUCCAGAGAUUUCAGAAGUUAUGGGAGAACUCAAAUGGCUUUGUUUGGAUGAGACUACAAUUGAAAAACUGCCAUCGUCGAUAAGUUAUCUUACGGGGCUUUGUUAUUUGAGCCUUGAAGGCUGCUUGAAGCUUAAAAGUCUGCCGUGCAGUAUCUGUCAACUCAAGUCCCUGAAAGAUUUUAAUCUUGCUGGCUGUUCAAAUCUUGAGAAGUUUCCCGAGAUUUCAGAAUUUAUGGGAGAACUCAAAUGGCUUUAUUUGGAUGGGACUGCAAUUGAAGAACUGCCAUCGUCGAUAAGUAAUCUUACGGGGCUUUGUUAUUUGAGCCUUGAAGGCUGCUUGAAGCUUAAAAGUCUGCCAUGCAGUAUCUGUCAACUCAAGUUUUUGAAAGAUUUUAAACUUGCUCGCUGCUCAAAUCUUGAGAAGUUUCUAGAGAUUUCAGAAGUUAUGUGAGAACUCAAAAGGCUUUAUUUGGAUGGGACUGCAAUUGAAGAACUGCCAUCGUCGAUAAAUAAUCUUACGGGGCUUCGGAUUUUGAGCCUUAAAGGCUGCUUGAAGCUUAAAAGUCUGCCAUGCAGUAUCGAUCAACUCAAGUCCCUGAUAUAUACUUUUCGUAGUGACUGCCCAAAUCUUGAGACACAGAACUUACCGAAUUGAGGGUUUCAAUUGUAAUGAAUUCGAUUCUCUAUGUUGUCGGAACCAUUUGAAAACCCACAUACUUUUUGAGUCAAUAUGCUCCCUCGGUUCAAAACCGAGAAAACAUGGGCUGAUCAUCAGAUUUUCUUGGCCCGUUUGAGUCAAUACGUUGCAAACAAAAAUGUGUGCCGGAAACAAAAUGGGCCCAGAAAAUACCUCUAUAAAGCCCACCUGUUUGUCCAUGAAUUUGCAUUGCUUCUGAAGACAGACAGAGAUUAUGCGACGAUGAGCGGGGGCGGACGAAACGUGAACGGAAACUUAAACGCGGUGUUUUAUGCGGAGGCGUAUCAUCAGAUUCAGGCGGGAAGCAUAGAUGCUACUGACACACUUCCGCACGACAACGCCGUCUACCGAGCCUUCCUCUGCUCCUCCGCCGGCCUAUGUAACCACACAUUCUCCUUCACGAGCAGGGUAAAUGUUUUCAUCCAUAUGAAUCGAUUUGAUCGGUUUGGUUUGAUGAAGGUCAAACAAUUUAAAUACCGAAAUAAACCAAUUUAUGUUCUGUUUGGUUCGUU